AUAUUUUCAAAAUAAGAAUGUCCUUUUUUUCUGUGCGUGCACACACGGUCGUGUAACAGCAUUUCAAUAUAGAGAACUGCUAACCUAAAGAGUGAAAUCAUAAAUACGCCAGAAAUAUUAUGCUGAUUGAUGCAAAAAUUUGCCUAGAUUCAACACUCCGUAUAAGAGGUAUCAGGGUUCACAGAGCAAACAUGGAGUUACAAUUACUCGAAGGAUUACAUGAAAAUCUACAGACUAACCUUUCCUUGAAUCAAGAUUUGCUAUGGAAUUUGGAUUUGUCGCAUUCAAAUUUUGAUACUAUUUGUUCAAUUGCAAACACUUGUAAAUUCAAAAAGAAACUCACAGUAGAUGGAGCUAGUAAGGUAAUAAUUCUAUUACUGCCCAAUUAUCAUGCAUCAGUAUUUCACAAAAAUAAAGUUGGUAAUCUUAUGAAGAGCUUGAAAGAAAAAGGUUUUAUGUCCCAAAUUACUACAAUAUGCACGGGAGUGCGACUUGACUAG